AUGGGCAUGAGCUCUUUACCACGUUCUGGAAAGUCGCAAACCCCGGAUUCAUCCGGCUGGCCUAUCGGGCCUGCAUAUCAAAACUGGAGACAGCCGGCCGACCAGAUAGGAGAAUGUGCAUUUAUCUUUAUGCUCUCUGGACAGGUCUUUGUCUUCAAUAUCAUUCUCCUUAUCUUCAUCGUCAUCCUAUCAGCAAUCAUGGCCGUAAUACUCAAUAUCGUCGAAGCCUCAAUCGAAGAAUUACACAAUGCUUUGAACAGCGGUUCAAUUACCAGCGUCGAGCUUGUAACGCGUUUGCUUCGCCGGAUCAGCACUUACGACUCUGCCAAGUCUGAUGACCGAAGGGCAUCUGGCGAGAAAGUCAGGCCCCUGGAAGGGAUACCUUAUACGGUCAAAGACAGCUACAAAGUCAAAGGAAUGGUAGCCGCUGCAGGAUCUCCUGCUUUCGAACAUCUAAUUUCCAACGAAGACGCUUUUCUUGUGAAGCUCAUUCAAGAUGCUGGCGGGGUGCUCAUUGGCCGGACAAACAUGCCUGCAAUGGCUUGCGGCGGCAUGCAGAGGGGCAUCUGGGGAAGGGCCGAGAAUCCUUACAACCCAGACUAUCUGGCUGCAGCAUUUGCUUCAGGUUCAUCCAACGGAUCGGCUGUUUCUACAGCAGCAUCGUUCGCAGCUUUUGGGCUUGGAGGCGAGACGGUCUCAUCUGGCAGAUCGCCUGCUUCCAACAAUGCCCUUAUCGCUUACACUCCCUCGAGGACCUUUCUAUCAAAUCGCGGCAGUUGGCCUUUGUAUCCAACAUGCGACGUACCAGUGCCUCAUACAAGAAGCAUGAAGGAUAUGUUAACUCUUCUGGAUGUUAUUACUGCACCUGAUCCAGUUGCCAAAGGCGAUCUCUGGCGAGAGCAGAGAAGCGUCCAGUUACCGCAAUCUUGGGAGGACCGGCCUGAGAGCUUCAAAACCCUUGGCUCGUCAGAAUCAUUGUCUGGACUGGUUAUUGCUGUGCCAGAAAUCUUCCUUGGUGGACCGGUUCCCGAAGGAGCAAAGCCUAUUCAGACGAGCCCGGCAGUUGUUGAAUUGUGGAAGCAAGCAGGAGAGGAUCUUGAGUCACUUGGCGCGAAGAUUGUCAUGGUUUCCGACUUUCCGCCUUUGACAGCUUACGAAAAUGAUAACCUUCUGCCGGAGAGAUGUCCGCGAAGGCCGGCGGACUGGCAUGCUACUGAGAGAGGAGCAUUAGUAGCACAUACUUGGAACAACUUCCUUCGAGACUUCAAUGAUUCAAAGCUCCCGGAUAUCUCUGCAGUGGACGCAUCGAGGAUCUAUCCAGACAGUAUGAGGACUGGGCCGGAACUACAACACUUCGAGAAGCCUAACGCGAUUCAGUACCAUCGGCUGGCCGAAUACGCCAGCAAAGGGAGUAUUUUUAAUGUAGAAGGUCUGGAUCAAGCUCUCAAAGCUUUAGAGGGCAUGCAAAAGGUUCUUCUUGAGGACUGGCUUACGGAAGUCGGCUGCGAUUGCGUUGUCUUUCCCGCUACUAGCGAUCAGAAUGGCGUCCACUACAGCAACGGAAACAGAGCUAUUCGACAUCUCGGCAUACCUACCGUCUCAGUUCCUAUGGGCAUCCUGAGAGACAAGCGUGUGCCCAUGAGCCUCACGUUCGCUGGCAGAGCUUAUGAUGAUAUCCAACUUCUGAGAUGGGCGAACGCUUUCGAAAUAAGAACAAAACAUCGCAGUCCUCCGCUACAUACGCCAUAUCUUAAAUCUGAUCUUGUUCAACUUUCAAACAACAAGAAGAACAAAUCGCCGAGGCCAAAGCUAAUUAUAAGCACGUUCACGACGGUGCCAGCAUCUGAUGACACUAACCCGCUGUUGGCUGAUAUUCUUGUCGAAGGAUCCGUGACGAUGAGUGCGCCAAUGGAAGAUUUGCCGGAAAUUGAGAUUACCAUUGACGCACAAACACUUCAUCCAAGUUGCAUCGACAUACAGAGACAGUCCCAGUCUGUAGAGGGACAGUUGGUAUUCUCAUUCAGGUUCAGAAAGAAAACUUCAAAGCCUCCCACAAAACAGGGUUCAGACAUGACGCUGGCUCCAGUUGCUCGAGACAAGAUUAUGGUGGUGGUUCUAGCAAAGGCUCCAGCAAAGGGUAGCCCAUCAGGCUGGAUGAGACUGAUUUAG